AUGGCCAAGGUGCAUCAUGCAGAUGUAGUCUGGCUGGGGAGCCUGGUCCUAGAAGAAAAUGGGAGCAAGAGGCACCUGAACUACAACUUCCAUGAGACCCUGCGGGUGACUGAGCUGUAUCAGUUCAAAUUCAAGUAUACAAAGGACGGUCCCCAGAUGGACAUCGUCAGCUUUGCAAAGGGGGUGAGCAGUGAAGAGAUUAAGAAAGGCAGCAUUCUGCUGAUUCGUAAGCUGUACCUCUUAAUGCAGAACCUCGGGCCCCUUCCCAAUGACAUUACCCUCACCAUGAAACUCUUCUACUACAAUGAUGUAACUCCUGAUGAUUACCAGCCCCCUGGCUUUAAGGAAGACAGCAGCCCAGAUAACUUGUUGUUUGAUGGAGACCCUGUCAACCUGAAAGUUGGGUCCAUAUCCACUGGGUUUCAUAUCCUGAAAGUAAGAGUGACAACUGAGAGCAAGAGGAUGAGGACUUUGGGAAGCAGCCUGAUCCAGGAGAAUGGCCCUACUGAGAUCUCUCAUCAAGGGUUAGAUUGUGACGAAGAAGAGAGUAGUAAAAAAGAACUCAUGGGAGUGAAGGGGACAGACAGAGUACCCUGCACUAAGGCUUCUCAGCAGACAUACAGCCUGGACCUUGCAUUUAGCCAGGAAGAGGAGAUGAAGCCAAGGAAGAAGAGGAAGGUCAGUGAGCCAGUGCAGCUGCUUCCAGCAGGCAGGAACUGAUAGCUGCUGUGGCAUAUAGGACAUUUUAGAAUGUGCUGAUUUGGAUUAUAACACACCUUAUGCAUUCUUUUAGAAAUGUCUAAUCUUUUCUCUUCAUAUUUAACUCUCUAGACAGUGUACAUAUUUCUAUUUUUACAUACGGUAUAUCUCUCUUCUGGUUUUAAACCUUUUAUUGAAUAGAGAUAGUAAGCAAAGUUACUCUCACAGCACUGUAGAUUAGAGAUACUUGUUGGAUGCUCUGAAGCUGAGGACCAGUGAUCUCUCCUGGGCAGCUUCUCUGGGUUUCAUUCCCACACUGACUGUUCCCUCUCACUCUCUAAUGUGGCCCCCAGCAUCAGUUGCAGUAUUUCAGGAUGAUCUCUCUAAGCUGCCAGUGUCUGCAAGCAGCACAAGUCAGAUGGUUCGGUGUUUGUACCUAACUGCAUCAAAUCUGCCAUUUCUG